CACUAUUUAUCACUCAACAAACAAACACUUUUCUCUCCCUCUCUCUCUAGAAAUCAUCUCCGAUCCAAAUAAACUUUUCUAGAGAGAGAAACACGCCAUUGUUGUUCUCGGAUCAACACUCACUUUCACGAUCCUCUAACUCCAAUCCGUCUUCAUUCCUCAUUCCGACUUCAACAACUUCACACGAAUCAAUCGAUCUCAGAUCCGGUCGAUCAAUCAACCGAUUGAUCGGUUAAUUUGAGAUUUCAAACCCUAGAAACCUGUAUAUUCCAGAUCUCGAAGAACUGGAGUCCGUACAGGAGAAUCCUCAUCAGUCCGUGAAGCCUCCUGCAACCGCCGCAGCCGGAAACGGUCAGAUCCGGUACCGAUCUCCAUCCGCCGCGGAGCUUCUAGAAGGUCAGGUGUUUUCUCCGACUCCGGUGGCGGAUCAGAGUGAUAAGAUGAUGAAACGACGUCAGCCGUUGUAUAAUGAGUCUGUUGCUGAUAAAAUUAACCGUUACCGCGGGGUUAUUAUGGUCAUUUCGAUACCUUUGGUUCUUAUCUCGUUUGUGUUGUUUGUGAUGCCUGGUAGUAGGUCGCCGAACGACGGCGUUUUGUCUAGUAAUCGGAAGUUUUCGCCGAAUUAUUCGUUGCAAGUGGAUCCGACGUCGUAUAGGUAUGCUGUGAUUUUUGAUGCUGGUAGUUCCGGGAGUAGAGUUCAUGUGUUCUGUUUUGAUCAGAAUUUGGAUCUUGUGCACAUUGGGAAUGAACUUGAGCUUUUUGAGCAGUUGAAACCAGGUUUGAGUGCGCACGCAAGCAACCCGAAAGAGGCGGCAGACUCUCUUCUUCCUCUACUAGAGAAAGCAGAAAAGGUUGUUCCACAAAAUAUGCGCGAAAAUACACCUGUGAAAGUUGGGGCAACUGCAGGUCUUAGACAGUUGGGAGUUGAUGCAUCUGAAAGAAUUUUGCAAGCUGUAAAAGAUGUUCUAAAAGUUAAAAGCAGCCUCAAGUCGGAUGAUGAUUGGGUAACUGUUUUGGAUGGAACUCAAGAAGGUGCUUAUCAAUGGGUGACCAUAAAUUAUCUUCUAAAAAAAUUGGGCAAGAAAUAUUCACAGACUGUCGGGGUAGUUGAUCUUGGUGGUGGAUCAGUACAAAUGGCAUAUGCUAUUUCAGAAGCCGAUGCUGCAAAGGCUCCAAGGAUAACAAAUGGAGAGGAUACUUACGUGAAGGAAAUGUAUCUCAUGGGAACCAAAUAUUACCUUUAUGUUCACAGUUACUUGAAGUACGGAUUAUUGGCAGCUAGAGCUGAGAUUUUGGGAGUUUCAAAAGAUUCCGAUAAUCCAUGCAUCUUAGCUGGCUAUAAUGAUGUUUAUAAGUAUGGAGGAAAUGAUUACAAAGCUUCAGCUCUUCCUUCGGGUUCAAACUGGAACAAGUGCAGGGAAGAAGCAAUUAAAGCGCUAAAAGUAAACGAACCAACGUGCACUCACAUGAAAUGCACGUUCGGUGGGAUAUGGAACGGUGGUGGUGGUGAGGGUCAAAAGAAUCUAUUUGUUGCUUCUUUCUUCUUUGAUCGGGCCGCUGAGGCCGGUUUUGUUGAUGCAAGUAAACCUGUUGCCAAAGUUCAUCCAAUUGAUUUCCAGACGGCAGCUCAGCGUGCUUGUCAGACCACACUUGAAGAUGCCAAAUCUCAGUAUCCUAAAGUGGAAUCUUCUAACUUACCAUAUUUGUGCAUGGAUCUUGUGUAUCAAUACACUUUGCUUGUAGAUGGUUUUGACCUGGAACCUCAGCAACAGAUUACACUAGUGAAACAAGUUGAGUACCAAAAUUCAUUGGUUGAAGCUGCAUGGCCAUUGGGCAGUGCAAUUGAAGCGGUCUCGGCAGCUAGCUAACUAUCACCACGACCACUAUCAGAUUAUCGAUUGUAUUAUGUAUCAAACUGGUGAGCUGUGGGUUGGUGCCAGAUGGGUGGGUCGGUAAAUGCUGUGAGGUUACGUAGCAAUGUUAAUUUCUUGUUCUAGUUAUUAUUUUUGAGUUUAUGAUUCUUGGAACCGAAUUCUUGGUUACUUUUAAUUUUGAUUAUAAAUUUAAAUACACACUAAGACGCGAGUAGGAUUCA